UACAAUUUUAAUUUGACACACAAACAAAAUCAGCUGCGUUUGCUCCAGCUCAGAGCUAGGCAGAACAACAACAAUAACAAGGACAAGAACAGCUCUGCUUUGGUCCAGCUGCUCAGCUGCUGUCACAGUCGCUGCCAACGGCGACAGAGCAGUCGCUGCCGCUUUCUUUGUGUCAGAGUGCCUCGAUUGCGUCGGCGCUGACGCUGCGCAGCUGUCCGCCAAGUGUAGACUUAUUGGCGUAUCUAAUUUUUAGAUCCUUCUCACUAGACCAAAAGCAGAACACACAAAAAAGAGGAGAGAAAAAAGUUUGCUCGCCCGCUCGCAACUACGUCACGCACGCCACGCCACGCAGAGCCGAAAGGUAAACAAAAACCUGUGCGCGUGUUUUUAGUAUCAAUAAAAGACCGGCCAAGCGACUUCAAGGCUGAACUGAACCGAACCGAACUGAACUGAACUGAAUUGAGCCGCCCAGUGACGUCAUGUGGCGCUCGACUCGCGCUCCACGUCCACGUCUGGCACUGCUGCUGGACUGUAAGCUGCUCUGCCUGCUGCUGGCCGUCCUCCUGCUCUUCUGCGAAACGGUUCAAGCGAAUCCGGACGCCAAGCGACUCUACGAUGAUCUCCUCAGCAACUACAAUCGCCUCAUACGACCCGUUAGCAACAACACGGACACGGUGCUUGUCAAGCUUGGUCUGCGCCUGUCGCAGCUCAUCGAUUUGAAUCUCAAAGAUCAAAUUCUAACGACAAACGUGUGGCUGGAGCAUGAAUGGCAGGAUCAUAAAUUUAAAUGGGAUCCAUCCGAAUACGGUGGUGUUACGGAACUCUAUGUGCCCUCGGAGCACAUCUGGCUGCCCGACAUUGUGCUCUAUAACAAUGCUGAUGGCGAAUACGUGGUCACAACGAUGACGAAGGCCAUACUGCAUUAUACGGGCAAGGUUGUCUGGACACCGCCGGCAAUUUUCAAGUCGUCCUGCGAGAUUGAUGUGCGCUACUUUCCCUUCGAUCAGCAGACAUGCUUCAUGAAGUUUGGCUCCUGGACCUACGAUGGCGAUCAGAUCGACUUAAAGCACAUCAACCAGAAGAACGACAAGGACAAUAAAGUGGAGAUUGGCAUUGAUUUGCGCGAGUACUAUCCGAGUGUUGAGUGGGACAUAUUGGGCGUGCCUGCUGAGCGCCAUGAAAAAUAUUAUCCCUGCUGUGCGGAACCGUAUCCGGACAUAUUCUUCAAUAUUACGCUGAGACGAAAGACACUCUUCUACACGGUAAAUCUGAUUAUACCAUGCGUCGGCAUCUCCUACCUCUCGGUGCUGGUCUUCUAUCUGCCGGCCGACUCGGGCGAGAAGAUUGCGCUCUGCAUUAGCAUAUUGCUGUCGCAAACUAUGUUCUUUUUGCUCAUAUCGGAAAUCAUACCGUCGACAUCGUUGGCUCUUCCGCUGCUGGGCAAAUAUCUGCUGUUCACCAUGUUGCUCGUUGGGCUGAGUGUCGUCAUUACCAUCAUUAUACUCAACAUACAUUAUCGCAAGCCCAGCACGCACAAGAUGCGUCCCUGGAUACGCGCCUUCUUCAUCAAGCGGCUGCCCAAGCUGCUGCUAAUGCGUGUACCGAAGGAUUUAUUGCGAGACCUAGCUGCCAAUAAGAUCAACUACGGAUUGAAGUUUAGUAAGACAAAGUUCGGCCAGGCCCUAAUGGAUGAAAUGCAAAUGAACUCGGGCGGCUCCAGCCCAGAUUCCAUACGUCGCAUGCAAGGACGUGUCGGUGUCGGCGGUUGUAACGGCAUGCAUGUGACAACAGCGACCAAUAGAUUCAGUGGUUUGGUGGGCGCUUUGGGCGGCGGCCUGAGCACACUGAGCGGCUACAAUGGGCUGCCAUCGGUGCUUUCCGGCCUGGAUGACUCCAUGAGCGAUGUGGCAACACGCAAAAAGUAUCCGUUUGAGCUGGAGAAGGCCAUACACAACGUCAUGUUCAUACAACACCAUAUGCAGCGGCAGGACGAGUUCAAUGCGGAGGAUCAGGACUGGGGCUUUGUUGCCAUGGUCAUGGAUCGCCUAUUCCUCUGGCUAUUCAUGAUUGCGUCGCUGGUGGGCACAUUUGUCAUAUUGGGCGAGGCACCAUCGCUGUACGAUGACACCAAGGCCAUCGAUGUGCAGCUCUCUGACGUUGCCAAGCAAAUCUACAAUCUAACUGAGAAGAAGAAUUAAAUUCAAUAAUAUAAUCAUAAAUACAUUCCAGAAUGGUUAACACUAUCUAUUGUCAUGUAAUGCCUGCAAAAUGCAUGCCCUAGCUUAAAGUACAUAUUAAAGAAAUUAAUACAAAUAAAAAAAAUUGUUGGCAAAAAGCAGCCAUGCAAAA